UUUUGUCUAAUGAUCCUGUAACAACUACGUUACCAUGUGGAGACCACCUAGCUGACCAAAUUCCACUAGAAUGUGCUAUUUGCAUUUAUAAAGAACUUAGUAAGGGUGAUUCGAAUGCUGCUACUAAUUUAUUUAAUAAAAUUUCCGAAA